UCAUACUUUCCUGAUUUAAAAUCUAUAUAAAAUAUAUUUUAUUAUUAUUUAAGAUCUAUUUAAAAUAAUACACUUUCCUUGAUUUUAAGAUCUAUUUAAAAUCAUACACUUUCCUUGAUUUUAAGAUCUAUUUACAAUCAUACUUUCCUGAUUUAAGAUCUAUAUAAAAUAUAUUUUAUUAUUAUUUAAGAUCUAUUUAAAAUCAUACACUUUCCUUGAUUUAAGAUCUAUUUAAAAUCAUAAAUGUUGGAAAAACACUCUUAUUUAAGUAAAACUUUACAAUUGACUAACUUUACAAACUUUACAUCCCCCUCCAAAGUAACACAUUCUACUUCUGAAAAUCUUUUUUUUUCAAAGAAAUAUAUAAAAUCUUAUAUUCUCCAAAAACUCAAUAAAAAUUCUGUUAAGAUUUCAAAGUUGACGCUUGAUUGACAAAUCAGGCUGUAAACUUUACACCAGAAACUUUACUAACUCUUGUAACAACAGAGUCCUUUACAUCAAGACAAUACUCCCUAUACAGAAGUAUUUAAAACCAGUAAAACUACUUCUCAAAAGGUAUUUCAAAGUAUUUUUUAAACCAGCAACCUUGGAGACCUUGUAAGAAUGACACAAUAUCAGAAACAUUACUAAUUUACAAAGUAUUUUAACCCAGUAACACUGUAUACGAAAAUAACUCUUUGUUAAAAAUAGUAAAGUUGCUUGAAACACAGUUAGGUUUUUGUAGUUGAUUAAUUUUUGUUUUCCUUUUAAAAAGUUCAGAAAGUAUUUAAGAAUCUCAGAGUAAGGAAUUGCAACGUUAAUUCACUUUUAAUUGUAGUUUUAAUUAUUAUUAUUAUUAUUAUUAUUAUUAAUAAUCUCUUCAUACUGGGUUUAGAAGAAGUACUGGUUUUGCAAUGCCACCUUACUGGUUUGAUGCUGUGUAUUCUAUAGUAAACUGGUUUUGCAGACUUGAUGAGGACUAACUCAUAACCGUUCUUACUGGUUAAACAAAAGCCUGUUUAGUGGUUUACGAAUCUGUUACUGGGUAAACGAACCCUCCCUCCUAAUAUAACCCCCCCCCCCCCAAUACUGGUAUUGCCUGUUUUAACAUAUACUGGUUUUCAGCUUCUCUUACUGGUUAAACAAACUUUUCUACUGUUUUUUUUAUCUCAUCCCUUAGUUGCUUUAUACUGGUAUUUUUUACCAUUAAUUGACUUGUGUUAAUAAAUUUGCCUCACUGGUAUAAGUAUCAUCACAGAUCCCCUUACCGGUCUUGAACUGGGUAAAUCCCAGUUGCAUGUUUUUAAGCAGCUGUUUACUGGUUUUCAGUCGCAUCUCAGACUAGUUUAAACAAAGGAGCUUUACUGGUUUUAAGAAGUAUUCUUACUGGUUUUAAGAAGUAUUCUUACUGGGUUUAAGAAGUAUCUGAUUUUUUUCAGCCAUAUUCCUACUGGUUUAAAGAAAUAUUCUUACUGGUAUUCAGUCACGCCUUGAACUGGUUAAACACAUCACCCUUACUGGUUUAAAUGUAACCUUUUUCAGACAUUCUCACAGUGGUUUAAAUAAAUAUCCUUACUGGUUUUGAAACACAUCCUUACUAGUUUAAGUAGCUAUUUACUGGUUUUACUUACUGGUCACCAGCCACGUCUUCAACUGGUGAAACAAAGUGCUGUUACAGGCUUUAAAAAAUAUCCUUACUGGUUUUUCAACAUUAUCCAGUCAUUAACUGGUUAUACAAAGGAGCCUUACUGGUUUUAAAUAAAUAUCCUUGCUGGUUUAAAGGACUAUCUUUACUGGUUUUCAGUCUCAUUCUGAACUGGUUAUUCAAAGGACCCUUACUGGUUUUCAAAACUAUCCUUACUGGUUUGAAUACUGGUUUACCAGCCGCGUCUUUCGACAGGGAAGCAAGUGGGCUGUUUGAAAAUAAAUAUCCUUGCUGGUCUAAACAAAUACCACUGGGCUCAAAGCAGCGUGAUUUAAGAGAGACUCCCUUUAAGUUUUGAACUAGCUGACAGGUGCUCCGCCCCAUUCCGAAUCUCACCAGUGACCACCCCCCCCCAAGUCACGUGCAUGAGUGGAGGGGGGGGCGGGGUGUUUGACUUUGCGGAUGGGGGCAGUUACCUGGGGGGCUGGGAGGAGGGGCGUGCGCACGGCCUGGGGCUGUGCAAGGGCCCUGGGGGAGAGGGGGAGUACGCGGGGAGCUGGGAGCACGGGUUCGAGACUCUAGGGGUGUACAGCACCCCCCGCGGCAGCUCCUACCUGGGCCAGUGGUCCCAGGGCACGAGGCACGGCCUGGGGGCCGAGAAGAGGGAGGGGCCUGGCGGCCCUCAGCGAUGGAGCUACCUGGGGGAGUGGACCCAGGGCCACAGGGGCCCCCUGGGGGUGCGAGAGGCCAUCUCCGGGGCCCGGUACGAGGGGAGCUGGAGCCCCUCUGGACAGCAGAACGAAUAUGGGACCGAGACUUACACCGACGGAGGGACCUACAUUGGCCAAUGGGUGAACGGUAAGCGUCAUGGUUUUGGUGUGCGGCAGAGCGCCCCCUACAGGGAGGCCGCGGUGCUGCACUCCCCCCGCAGGUCCUCUCUGAACUCCGUGCGCAGCGACAAGGGUCCGGAAACCAGUAAAACCAGUAAGAAUAGCGCUCCCAGCCCAGCGGUGGCCACGCCCGCGACCACGGCUCAGCUGAACAACAACGGCAGUGCCGGACGGGAGCUGGAGGAGCCAGAGAGCAUUCCCGGCGUUCCAGGAGAGAACUUUCAAACCCUGCGGAAAACCAACCAGAAGAAAAUCGAAAACAGCGAAGCGAAUAAUCACAACCACACCCAGGAAUCCAAACCCAAUCCGCGGGCGACCCCCCCGUCUCACCGAAACACUCCCGUCCGCCCCCCCGCCUCUCUGGGGGCGUCCCGGGCUGGCUUCGUCCUGACCCAGCAGCUGUGCGCCCGCAGCCAGCCGGCGGGGGGCGGGGCCAGGAAGGGGGCGGGGCCAGCAGACGGGGGCAGGGGCGGGGCUGCGGAGAAAGACACUUUCUCCCGGAAGGGGCGGUCGCUGUCCGCCACGGCCGAGAACCAGCUGCAGCAGAAGGCGGGGAACGGAGGGAACAAGCCCGGAUUUUUCCUGCGGAGAACCUCUCUCCUCAGCGGCCUCCGCCUGGCCCGGAGAUCCGAAUCCAAGAAUUCCCUGUCCAGCAAGCGCAGCUCCCUGCGGAGCGCGAAUGAGGGCGAGGGGGAGGGAGAGGAGGAAGGGGGAAAGGAGAGAUCCCUUCUCGAUUCAGACCAGGCCUUGUUCCAGGUGUCCGACGGCUCCGUGACGGAGGUCUACUCUGGCGAGUGGCGACUGGAUAAGAGGUCCGGUUUCGGGCAAAGCCGCCGGUCGGACGGGCUGAGCUACGAGGGGGCCUGGCUGGGGAACCGUCGCCAUGGCUACGGCCGCACGGUGUUCCCGGACGGGAGGGUGGAGGAGGGGAAGUACCGGGGGGAACGAGCUGACGCUGGGGGGUCCCGUGGACGGGCCCGGCCGGGCCGUGACCAGGCUGAUUCUGCUGAGGCAGAGGAGCAAGGUGAAGGGGGAAGGUGGAGAGGGCCGUGCUGGAGGCCAGGGGGGCCGCGCUGAUCGCCAGGCAGAGAGAGGAGCUCGCCACUGCCAGGACAGUUCUCGCUCGGUUGAAGGCUGAAGCCGCUCUCUCUGCUGCGGAGAAAGCCCUUGAGGCUUCCAGAUUGGCCAAGACAGUAGCCAAUCAGCUUGCUCCAAUACUGCAUGACUGUG